AUGACUGCAAAGAAGUUGUACCAGCAGCUUCAGAUAUCGGGUUACACAGGAAGUUACGAAUCUGUGAACCUAAUUGUCAGGGCAUUUCGUAGAGAACAUGAGGCAAAGGGUCAACAAGUUUUUAUACCACUAAAUUUUGAACCUGGAGAAUCUUUUCAAUUUGACUGGGGGGAAGAGGAAAUAUGUUUAAAUGGUGAGAUUAUUAGAGUAAAGGCUGCAAGAAUAACACUAUGCUACAGUCGUCAUUCUUUGGUUGUUGUCUACCCUAACGAACAGCUUGAGAUGGUGAUGAAAGCACAUGAAGAAGGUGUUAAGUUUCUUGCUGGUUGUUGUAAAAAGGGGAUUUAUGACAAUAUGAAGACAGCAGUCAAAGAGAUAUUAGUUGGUAAGGAACGUAUUUUUAACGAGAAAUUUGCUCAAAUGGCGUCUCAUUAUUUAUUUGUGCCGACUGCUUGUACUCCAGCAUCUGGUUGGGAAAAAGGACGAGUUGAAAAACGAGUAGGUGAUACUAGACGUAACUUUUUUACCCCAAUACUGACAGGGGAAAGCUAUGAAGAUAUCAACUGUCAACUCAGAGAAAUGUCUUUAAAUUGGUCUAAAACUAGGCAACAUCCUGACUUUAAAGAGCGGACAAUCUUUGAAGUAUAUGAGGAAGAAAAGCCAUAUUUAAUAAAAUAUAGAGGGGAGUUUACAGCCUACAGGUUACAUCCAACUAUAGUCUCACCUUUGAGCCUUGUGCAGUAUGAUACUAAUAUGUAUAGCGUUCCGUGUGAAUAUGUAGGUCUUGCUGUACAAAUUAAAUCCUAUGCUUGGCAGAUAGCUAUCCUAUAUGAAGGCAAGGUUAUAGGAGAACACGAUCGUUGUUUCAAGCGCUAUCAGAAGAUUUAUAAUCCAUGGCAUUAUAUCUCAGCUCUGGAACGCAAACCAGGAGCUUUGCGUAAUGGUGCUCCCUUUAAAGAGCUGAUGAAUUUAUUACCAGAGGUAUUUAGUACGAUACGCAAUAAACUGGAACGCUACAAGGAUGGUGAUAAACAAUUUAUAGCAAUUUUGCAGAUGGUGAAUAAGUAUGGAUUAGAUAAGGUAACUAAUGCCUGUAAUCUAGCAAUUGCAGUUGGUGGCUGUAGUGCUAAAUUAGUUGAGCAAUAUUUACAACCAGCGAUGCAAGAAGACAUUAAUGAAUAUAAGUUUAUUCAGUUAAAAAAUCCUCCAGAUGCUGAUUGCAGCAGCUACAGCAAAAUACAUUUAACAAUCCAUUCAGCAGUGGAGGGAAAUUAA